CAAUAAUAAUAACACUAAUAAUGAUAAUAACAACAACACCAACAACAAUAAUAAUAGUAACAACAAUAAUUGUGAUCGUCUUGCAAUGGAUGCCUGUGAAAUUGCCAAUUUCCUCGCUAAUGAGCUAUUUAUGCAACAGCUCGUCUCAAUGGAAUGCAUGCAAACAGGUGUACCCACAUUGACCACACCCACCCUAACGCCAACAACACUGCGUAGCAUAGAGGAAUCCUUUAUACAAUUGACAAGUGAGCCAAUAAAUGCACCAUAUCAAGCGGGAUUUAUACCACCACCAUUGGGUUCAUAUAAUCCAACUACAAUAACAACGAAUAGCAAUAACACCAACAAUACAACAAACACAAAUAAUGCCUCAACGAUAACAUCGGUAACAGCACCGAUUAGCGGUCUCACCACCGCUGCCCUCAACAACAUCUAUUUGGAUGAUAUUAGCGGCGGUGCCAGUCUCAACGAUUAUGGAAAUACAAACGAUUCGGGUACCGAAGAAAAUUCUCAGGAAUCAUGGAAUGAUCAUAAUAUGCAUGAAGAUAAUUCGAUGGCCACAACCGAUAAUUCAAGUGCCGCCACCGAUACCAUUUCCUUUCAAAAUGGUCUGGGUAUGUCUCAUCAUCUCAACAAUUCCAAUUCCUCAACAACCAAUGACUUUACCACUGUCAAUCUGACCACACUGGCCGUGGCCACGGCAAUGUCCAAAUUAAACAACUCAGCCGCCAAUCUUAACUCAAAUACCUCAUCAACAAGUGCCACUACAACAAAAAAUACUACCACCACCACCUCAACGGGUCGCCGUGGUGGUGGUCGUCGUCCUACCACAAAUGCCAGCCUUACACCCGAAGAGGAAGAGAAACGUCGGGUACGUCGUGAACGUAACAAAUUGGCUGCGGCACGUUGUCGCAAACGUCGUGUCGACCAGACCAAUGAACUGACCGAAGAGGUGGCUAUGCUGGAGAAGAAACGUGAAGAAUUGCAAAAACAAAUCGAGUCGUUGAAUGGCACCAAACAAGAAUUGGAAUUCAUACUGGAAGCCCAUCGUACAUCAUGCCAAAAAAAUCCCGAUAUGUUGUCAGUGAAUAGCCUCAGUGGUUUAAUGCCGUCGGCACCGGACAAUGACAAUAUCACCGGCCUGGAUACCACAUUGUCGUCAACGGCCCGAAGUAAUUCACCCUUGGACUUGAAACCAGUAUUGAACGAUCAAUUAUUAGCUCAAAUUAAACCUGAACCAUUAGAUACUACAUUCGAUUCCAAUUCCUCGCUGGAUGGUCCUCCCUCGCCCAAGAAAAUGUUGCUGACCAACAAUAAUCCCAUGAUACCACCGCCCCUACCCAAUGUCGCCACAUUGUCAGCCUCCCUGGCUGCAGCAUCGUCCACAUUGAACACACCCAUUGUUACAACGGCACCCAUUAGCUUUGGCUCAGUAUUGUCCAAUAAUUCGGUAUUGCAGACUAAUUUGAUUAAGCCGAAUUCCAAGCAACGUCCUAACUCCUUGCCCACAGUGCCAAGGAAUAUGGCUCAGAAUUUGUCACUGAAUAUGGCUGACAAUAAACCGCCCACGGACAUUAAUGGUGUGGCCAUACAAACACCAUCGACGGGAAUGUUUAAUUUUGAUUCUCUCAUGGAUGGUGGUACUGGUCUGACUCCGGUUUCCGGUCCGUUGGUGCCUACAUGUUCGUCACAAAACAAACAUCCCUUGGAGUUGGUGACACCCACAAGUGAGCCAUCCAAGUUGGUGAGCUUAUAACAUGAACUGGAACUGGAGGAGUAGAGAAGAAGAAAGGUGACGCUGAUGAAGACGACAACAAAAGAAACCUGUGACAUCCGAGGAGAGAGAGUGCAAACGAAGCUGGUCUUAAAACAAAUGAAAAAACAGAAACAAAAAAUAAAAACAAAAAACUUUUUAAAAGCAAAGCCCCCCCUUAUAUAUUAUAAGCAAAUGGAACUUUAAAUUUCUUACAACAACAAUUGAUUGAAGAAGCAAAACCCAAUUACUUUUUAAAAGUAUAUUAUAUAUAAUU